CCCCCAUGUCAUCCAUCCAUGCAUCCAUGCCAUGCCAUGCCAUAUGCAAUUGAUCCAUCCAUCAAUCCCCCAUCCACCCACGUACUGCUUGCAUCCUACUGCUCCCCUUUGGACCUGUAUGUGCGUGCGUCAAGCUUGCAUAGCUUCCCGUCACCACCCACAGCUUCGGCGCCGCCCUUGACCGAGCUGCACCUGCCUGCACCCGCCUGCGCUUCACCUACUUACCACGUCGCCUGGCUGCAACCGCCCGGCCUCCUCACAACGACCAACGACGGCAACAAGCUGCCGAGCUGUCGGGGCUCUUGCCCUGCUCAGUGCUUCCCGAUCCGGUCCGGUCAGGUCCUGUCCUGUCCUGUCCUGUCCUGUCCUCGACGGCACGCGAUGCGGAGAAGCUCUCACGGCCCUUGAUCCCUCACCCAUCUCCGUCCCACGCGCUCCCUGACACGCCCGUCAGCAAACCCUCCCACGCGCCCUCUUGCCGGGUGGUCAACAAGAGCGGCGGCACUUCCGUACCGAGCUUCGAUUGUCGUCGCCGCCGCCGCCUCCUCCUCCUCCCCAUGCUCUUUCGCUCCGCUGCCGCCGGCACCCUGACCAACGACCGCCGACGUCGCCGCCGCCGCCGCCGCCGCAUCGCUGAACCCUGGCGAUAGCUUUCCGAGUCGCAACGUCGCUCCCUACCUCCUCACUAUGUCGCUCACGUCGCGUCGAUACAAGACCAACACUUCACGACUCUGGAUCGGCCAGUGAGUCGAGUUGCGCGCUGGCGCGUCGUUUUCACUUGCUACCCACCUACCCGCGAGCCCUCGCUCUCUCGCCAUGGACAGUCGCGAGAGCAGCAGCCAGACGCCGUCUGGUCCCAGCCAGCCGAGCACGGGCAACACACCCCAAACCACAGCCUCAACUUCACAGAGUGCCGCCGCCGGCAAGACACCCGGCUCCACGUCGAGCGCCCAAAACUCGAAGCGCAGGCGCGGCCUCGGCGUCGUCACCCCCAAUGCCUGUACCGAGUGUCGCAAGAAGCGCGCCAAGUGCGACGGGCAGAAGCCCUGCGGCCGCUGCAAGGUGCAAAAGGACGUCGAGUGCGUCUACGAGAUACCCGUGCGCCAGUCCAAGGAGAACCUCCGCAACGAAAUCGAGUCGCUGCGCCACCGCCAGCGCUCUAGCGACAGCGUCUUCUCCGCCCUCAUGCGCUCAGACCUGGUGGAGGAUGUCUUGAAGAGACUGCGCGGCGGGCAGUCCGUAGACCAGAUAUCAGACUGGCUCGGUGGCAUCAUGCCCUCGGGCGGCGGCACGUUGCCCGUCUUGAACCGCCUGGGUAACCACGACAUGAUCGGUGCCGGCCCCAGCUCCGCGCCGCACUUUGCCGGGUCUUCGAUGCCCGGGCCGACGCUCCCUCCUCUGCGUAUCGGCAUGGACCCUCAGAGCCCCAUCGGGGUGCAGCUGCCCAGCGCGAGGAACGAGUCGGCGGGCGGCUCCUGGCCCUUGUCUCCGCAUGGCAUGGGCGGCUCCUCGAGGAGCGGCUCCCACCCGGACGCCAUGAGCUGGGCGCCCGACGCCCGACGCCCGCCCCAGUCCCGGGUCGGCUCCUUGGCCGAGAGCAUGGACACGGACCACGACUCAGACUCGAUGCCCCGGUCCCACGGGCUCGAGCAGAUCCUUUCGCCCCUCGCCGGCGACGCGGACCGCUCCGGCGACACCAAGCGCUCCGCCGAGACGUGGACCUCCAUCACAGACGACAUCAACCUCGUCCACCACCUGCUGGCGCUCUAUUUUUGCUGGGAGUACCCUACGUUUGCCUCGCUGAGCAAGGAGCAUUUCCUGCACGACUUCCGCGAGGCCCGCCAUCGGUACUGCUCGCCCAUACUCGUCAACGCCCUGCUCGCCCUUGGCUGCCGCUUUUCGAGGCAGCCCAUGACGCUAGCAAAUCCCAACGACCCCUACUCCUCGGGCGACCACUUUUUCAAGGAAUCGCAGCGGCUAUUCUACCAGGAGACGGAUCACCACUCCCUAACGACGAUCCAGGCCCUGGGCAUCAUGUCGAUCCGCGAGGCGAGCUGUGGGCGUGAUUCGGAGAGCUGGUUCUACGCCGGCCAAAGCAUCCGGCUCGCCAUCGAGAUGGGCCUGCACCGCAUCCACGACCAAGGGGAUGAGGAUGAGCUGGCCGUGCAGUCGGCGACCUUUUGGGGCGCCUUCGCCCUCGACCACGCAUGGUCACUGGCGACGGGCUCCCUACCGCAGUGCUCGUCCUUCCCGCACCUCCCGCCUAAGCCUGCCAUCAUCACGGGCAUUGAAGCCUCCAAGUGGGUGCCGUACACCGACGACGGUAAGUCGCACACGACACAGGGGCGACUUGGUCGGGACGGCUCACUCACACCAUUCCCAGGAGCGCCGCUGCAGCGGUCGUACGAGCAGCCUUCCAACGUGCGGUCCGUUUACAAGUGCUUCUGCGAGCUCAGCGAGCUGGUGCACGAGUCACUGUACAUUCUACACUCACCCGGCAAGCCGCUGACGGCCCGGGACCUCUUGAGCAUCUACACCCAAUACCUAAACUGGUACGGUCGGAUACCAAAGGUGCUGCGGCUCGGCGCCAACUUUACGCCGGCCGUGCUGUUUGCGCAGUGAGUCCUGUUUCCUCCCAGGGCUCUGAGAGGCCUGCCUGCCUGCCUGCUGCCUCUCUCGGAUACUGACGGGGGUUGCGACACAGCAUGUACUACCACUUUGCCAUUCUUCUGCUGUUCCGGCCGCUCAUCAAGCUGCGGAUCAUCGGGUCCAAGGUGCUGCCGCGAGACGUGUGCUCGCAGGCGGCGGAUGCGAUCCAGAGCCUGCUUACGUCGUACUCGCAGCUAUACACGCUGCAACGGACGCCGUCGUUUGUGCCGUACUUUGUGUUGACCUCGUCCAUCAUGCACUUGGCCAUCGGGGCGGCGGCGGCGCAGGAGGGCGGCGGCAAGCCAGGACCCGACUCCCGCAGUGGCGGCGGCGGCGGCGGCAGCGCCAGUACCCGAAGCCUGGACGAGUCGAUGAAGGUGGCGGCCAAGGUCGACCCGCACGUGAGCGAGGCGCUCAAGCAGGGCAUCGCGGACCUCACGGAGAUGGCGCCGUGCCACCACUUUGCGGAGCAGGCUCUCAACAUAUUGCGGUACCUAGCCAAGAAGUGGAACAUUGACGUCGAGAUCAGCUCGAGCGGCGUCAAUCUAACCCAGGAGGAAUACGACCGGCUGGUGCGGCCGUAUACGAGCAGCCUCAACUUUUUCGCGCCCAACGUCGGGCGCGAGGAUUUUAUCUGCGACUGGGGCACUGGCAAGGUGGUGCUCGGAGCCCAAGAAGGCGGCAACGGCGUGGAGCGCAGCGCCGAGACCAUGGCCAACCCGCUCUUCUGGCCAUUUCCCAUGCAAGGGCGGCCCGUGCUGCCCACGGGGAAGGACAUUGAAGAGGCAGGCUUUGCGGUGCUGUAGCGACGAUGACAACGACGGCGAUGACACACUGCCGGCACAAGGUAGGCGGAGCCCUCGCCUCGAUGCCGUGUUGACUGUACAAGGGGUCCAUACGGGCCACGGGCGGUUCCCGCUCAAGAAUGUUGCUGCCUGUCUGCGUGCUAGCUACGGCGGUUGGUUCCCUAGCAGUAGCAAGAGCAAAGGUAGCUGGUGGAAGUCUCUCAGAGAUGUCAUGUAUGACACGGCUUCCGUGUAACAAUGGGCUGGGAGAGAGGGUGUUGAAGCUGGGGGGCCAGUGCGCGAAACGGGGAGAAGGAUGAUUGACGAUGGCAUCAUGGCCAGCUCAGUCCCCGAGGAUGACCACUUCGGACUAUGACAGCUGGCAAGGCGUUUCCUCUUUUUUUUUGUCCCAUGCGGCGGACAGCCAGGGUAUGAAUGGCAGGCCUUGGAGCCUCCAGGGGAGUUGGGCAAUGAUAGAGGGAUCCGUUUCGCGCCUUGGUAUUCGUCUUUUUACGGCGACGACAAAGGGGGACAGACGACGACGCCGAAAUAGCGGUAGUUUAGUCGCGAGACCGCCAACGAUUGGAAAAUCUACUACCGCUGCCCCUGCGGAGGUUGUUGGUUCCCUGCUCGUGUCGUUUGACCUGACAUUUUGUUUCCAUCUACGAAGCACAAAAGUACACUUUGACGUGGGCGGCACG